UCGGAAAUCACUAUCAAACUCAACUAAGCUCAGCUAAGUGUUUGGUGCAACAGGCUCUUUUGUUGGGGAAAAAAAAAAGAAAAACCCUCAAACACCUUUUUUUUACUUUAUUCUGAAAUUAUCUGGGGAUCAUAUCUUUGAAGUAACUUCUUUUCUGAUUCCAGAAGACAAUAACUUAUAGGGAUUUGGGGGCUUAAAUUGUUGUUUAUUUUAUUUUUUUAAAUGCAAAAAAGUGACAGCCCCUUUCAGCCUUGGUGUUCUCUUUGCAAAGUGGCCAGCUUGAGGUUGACUCCUCCUGCACUUGAUCUUGGGCCCUCUGCCCCUUUCCUGGGGUGAACUUGUAGCUAGUGGCAGGAAUAGGUGUGCAGAAUGUUGUAGUCCUUUCCCCUUUUGGGGGGGGGCAGCGUGGGGGGAGGGGGAAGGAGUUGGGAAUCUUUGCAGCCUUGGCCAGCCCUAGCCCCAGCCCCAGAGUCAGAGCAGGAGAGAGCUCCACACGCACAGAGAAGCUGCUGCUGCAUCUAGGACGAUGAACCAUUUCCCCCCCUGGGUAGGUCGGAUCACCUCGGCUCCAUGGUGAGGAGAAAGAAGACAGCCCCCGGCCCCGAGGACCCGCAGCAUGGGAUGACAGUGAAGUUGGGAGACGGCAGCAGCGGGGAGGAAGGGCUCAAAAAGCUGGGCAAGAGAUCAGCAGAUGAGGACUCCCUGGAAGGAGAAGGGGCUGGAGGAGGAGAAGCAGCUGAAGAGACCAGCCACAGCACAAAGAAAGAGGAGAAGAUUAUCAAUAAUAAUAACAAUAAUAAUCCUUCCUCCUCCAGCCUGCAGCAAGCCCCGUCCCCCCUUCAGGCCUCCUCCCAGGACCAGCAUCAUUUCUUAAGGUCCAGUGUGAGACCUCAGAGCAAGAGGUUCAGGAAAGAUUCAGCCUGUGCAGUUGGCAGCAGCAGCAACAGCAGCACCAAUGCCAAGGGGAAAGGGGCAGACAAUGGAGGGCCAUCUUCCAGCAGUGUGUCAGGAAUCACUGCUGCCAGCGCGCCUUCUGGAAGCUCUAAAUCAUCUAGCAGGAGCCUGGGCUCCUCGAGUGGAGAGAAGGAAGAAGGUAAAAAGGUCCGGCGCCAGUGGGAGUCAUGGAGCACCGAGGAUAAGAACACUUUCUUUGAGGGACUGUAUGAGCAUGGGAAAGACUUUGAAGCGAUUCAGAACAACAUUGCCCUGAAGUAUAAGAAGAAAGGCAAACCUGCAAGCAUGGUGAAAAACAAAGAACAGGUCCGGCAUUUUUACUACCGUACCUGGCAUAAGAUCACCAAAUACAUCGAUUUUGAUAAUGUGUUUUCUCGAGGACUGAAAAAAUCAUCCCAGGAACUUUAUGGGUUAAUCUGCUAUGGAGAAUUGAGGAAGAAGAUAGGAGGCUGUAUGGAUGAUAAGAAUGCCACAAAACUGAAUGAACUUAUUCAAGUUGGGGCCACAACUGUUCGUUACAAAGGGAGAAAUCUUCGAAUCAAAGCUCCAAUGUGCAGGGCCUUGAAGAAACUCUGUGAUCCAGAUGGUCUCAGUGAUGAGGAAGAUCAGAAACCAGUGAGGCUUCCUCUCAAAGUUCCUGUGGAAUUGCAACCACGAAACAACCAUGCCUGGGCUCGGGUGCAGAGUCUUGCCCAGAACCCACGCCUCAGGAUGAUUGUAGAACUACAUCGAAAGGUUUCUAGCCUCAUUGAAUUUCUGAAGCAGAAAUGGGCAUUACAUGAAGUACGAAUUCGCCAAACACUGGAUGCACGGCAACUCCAGGACUCUAGAGAUGGGGAGACCAGGGCCCAGCUUUCCAGGGAGAAGGCUACCUUGCACCUCUUCCCUGGGGAGAACUGUACACUCACACCCCUCCCUGGGGUGGCCCGAGUGGUUCACUCAAAGGCUUUCUGCACAGUGCACUGGCAGGAAAGUGGCAAAUGCAAACAGAACACAAAGGACUCUCAUUUGCUGCCUCCUGCCCAAAUCCUAGGCAUUCAGAGUGGUCAGGGUACAGCCCGGGGCCAGGUGAAGUAUCCUCGGGGAGCAGCUGAUGCCAAGGGCUGUGGGAGGAGUGAGCAUAUGACAGAAUUGAUGAGAAUGUCUCAUCCACCUGCCGAUGCUUCUCAGAGCUCUGGAGAGAGCUCCCCAGAAAGUGGCCCUAGUGAAGGGGCAGCCCUGAGCCUUAGCAGCCCAGAUGCUCCUGACAAAAUGCCGUCAGGGCUUCACGACUCAGGAGGAAACCUGGAAAAGACUAAUGUGGCAGCUUCUACAGAGGGCAGAGAUGCCCCAGUCAGUGACCCACCUUCUGUACCCAUACCGGGAAGUGUAUCAUGUGCCUGCAGCCACAUCCCUGACCUGGAAGAGGAGCUCUCUCUCCUAGAUCCAUUCCCUCGGUACAUGAAGUCCUGCCAGGACCUUAUCAUCCCAGAGAAAUGUUUUUGUACAGACAGAUUGCCUAGGCAAGAGCCUGCUCCCCACAGUGGGUCCGCCUCUCCGGAGGCUCUUCCAGCUAGCAGUGUAGAAACUGCUGACCUAGCGUCAGGUCAAGGACUAUCACUCAUCAGCGUGCAGCCUAGAGCUGAGACUCAGAGUAGCCAAGGUCUGGGAUUGCAACCAGAUGUUUGCACUAAGGAGUUAGCUGAUGCACCUGCUGAGGACUUCCAGGAGAAGCCGAGCUCCUCCUUUACAUCUCCAUCUCAGGGACAGCCUGCCACAAAGCCUCUGAAGGAGAGCCCAAGCCGGCUUGCCCAGCAGGUCAGAGAGGAGGGGUGGAACCUACAAACCUCCGAAAGCCUUACACUGGCCGAAGUCUACCUCAUGAUGGGCAAGCCAAACAAGCUGCAGCUAGAAUACGACUGGUUGGCUGUCCUGGGGCCGGAGGCAGAGACGCAGAGCUCAAGGGAGCCAGGGCAGGACCCUAGCUCUGGCUCCACAUCUGCAGCCUUUCAUAAGCAGCGCCUGCUUAGCUGCCUCUUAAAACUAAUUUCAACCGAAGUCAACCCUAAACUGACUCCUGAAUCUAAUGCUGUCUCUGUGGCUUCAGUGAAGCCCACUCAAGAGGAGCAGUCACUAACGCCCCCAGGAAAGGUGAUAACCAUCAGUACCCGGAGUCCCCGCUGUGCCCGAAAUCAGUCCACCCUCCGAAAUAAUAAGAACUUCUCUCCCAACUCAUCAUCCAGCUCCUCAGGUUUGAGAAAUCCUCCAAGACCUCUUCUGGUAGCUGCUCCAUCUAGUUCAGGAAAUAGUGAUUCUGAUGGGGGGCUUUUUGCAGUCCCCACAACCUUGCCACCCAACAGCCGGCAUGGAAAGCUGUUUUCACCUAGCAAGGAUGCAGAAUUGACUUUCCGACAGCAUCUGGACACAAUCAGUAUGCAGUCGGAUUUCUUCUUGCCAAAACCGAGGAAGCUACGAAAUAGACACUUGAGGAAGCCAUUGGUGGUACAGAGAACACUGCUCCCUAGACCAUCAGGAAAUCCAUCCCAUAAUGUGUGUUCUUUUUCUAUCAUGUCAAAUUCUUCUAUAACAGGGAGAGGGUCAUUUCGGCCAAUCCAGUCCUCUCUGACCAAAGCUGCUUUGUCUCGACCUAUUGUGCCCAAGGUUCUUCCAGCCCAGGCUGCUAAUCACCUGUCCAGUGCCAUUGACUUGGCAGCUAAAAGUGCUGGUAUUAUCCCUGGGAGCCCACUCCCUGUCCUGGAUACUGAGGGUUUGCCUGGGAUAACACAGUUGCCUUCGGAGGAAGUGACAGCCACAGUGACAGGGCAAAACUUGGCUAGCUCACAUCAGAAUGGGGACGCCAUAUCAGCUAUGGGGGGCACAAGCAGUGGAUGCCGUGUUCCUUUCAUCAGUAUCCCCACAAGGCCUGAACAGGAAUCUGUAACUCAAAGUUUUCAGGGUUCAUCUGUUCUAUCCUUGUCUGAAAUGUCCAAAGCCCCUCUCCAGAAUGGCCUCUCUACUCCCCUUCCUACAUCUGAGGGAUCUACUACUCGUCUUUCUCCACCCAAUGUCUCUGCUCUGCUAGACAUUUCCCUUCCUGGACCCCCUGAGGAUGUGUUAUCUCAGGGAGAACCUUCAACUCAGAUCAGUGACUCCAUCAUUGAGAUUGCUAUCAGUUCUGGCCAAUAUAGUGAAGGAGUCUCUCUUUCACCGGCAAAAUUGAAUGGUAGUGACAGCUCCAAAAGUCUUCCAUCCCCAUCCAGCAGCCCUCAGCAGAAUUGGAUUGCUUCUCCCACUCAUGAUCCCCAGUGGUACCCCAAUGAUUCCACAGACUCUUCUCUCAGCAGCCUAUUUGCAAGUUUCAUCUCACCAGAGAAGGGUCGGAAGAUGCUGCCAACUCCAGUUGGGACUGCCAGUGGUACUUCCCUACUGGGCCCUAGCCUGCUGGAUGGAAACUCUCGGGACUCAUUCGUUUCCCGAUCACUAGCUGAUGUUGCAGAGGUUGUGGAUUCCCAGCUGGUAUGCAUGAUGAAUGAAAACAGCAUUGAUUAUAUCUCCCGUUUCAAUGACCUUGCCCAGGAAUUGUCCAUCACUGAGUCAAGUCGUCGGGAGGUCCUUUUUGAUGGAGGUGGAGGUGGCCCUCCAGUGGGUGACCUCUCACAGUGAUCAUGCUUAGCACAGUGGUGGCCACAAUUAGGAUGGACCCACGUUACAAAUGGACAUAGUAUAGUUGUUCUUCUGACUGUUGCAGGGGGAAAUCCCAGUGUCCCAUUUUCAAUAAAGUCAGCAUCUUCUAACAUUUGAACAGCUGUGCAUCCUGGAAUCUGUAGUACACCAGGAAGUGAUCACUGAACAGUAUUAAAGAUGAAUUCCCAUGAGAGGAGCUAGAGCUAGUGAUGUGGUUGGAAAGAAUCAGAACUAGUUCUCUGGCAUGGCAUGAGUUAAGACUGUUGGUAAGAGAAUCCCCUUCUGAGGCACUUUUUGCCUAUAUGUAAUAUUCUUAGUUUCAUGUCAGUAUUGGGGUCCAGACGAAGAUUAGUCUUAUGUUAAAACCUAAAUUUGUUGUAUUGAACAUUCCAGUUGAAGGAGAAACUACAAGUUUUCUUUUUUAAAGGGAAGAAGUUGAGAGUGCCUU